ACCGUCAUUAUAGUUAUUUUCAUCGAAACACAGAGACCCGUAGGUACAACAAAUUUUAACACAGAGAUGCUAUAAUUAACUUGUCACUUUCAAGUUUUCAGAUGCGUGGUGCAUUGUGUUUUACAUAUUUAAAUAAAGAUCAAGUCUUCAGACAAGGUUACAAGUUUAGACAUGGGUGCAAAGACUGAUCAAAGUUCAAGAUACAACAAAUAUGCAUAUGCUUGUCUCUUGUGUUCUAUCCUGGUGAACAUAUUCUUUUCUUAUGAUCACUUGGUGAGUAACAAGUGGAGUUUGAGUUGGAGCACAAGUGCAGCAGCAGAAGCAGAAGCUGUGGCAUCGAUUUCGUGUUCGGGCCACGGGAGAGCUUACUUGGAUGGUUUAGUGGUUGAUGGUAGGCCAAUUUGUGAGUGUAAUACUUGUUAUGAUGGCCCUGACUGCUCAAAUUAUAUCCCUGAUUGUCCUGCUGAUGUAAACAGUGGGGAUCCCUUGUUUUUGGAGCCAUUUUGGAUGCAAAAUGCAGCUAGUAGUGCACUAGUAGUGGCAGGGUGGCAUCGAAUGAGCUAUUCAUUCGGUGACCAUACAUUUACCUCGCAAGAACUGGAGAAAAGCAUCCGUAAAUUACAUUCUAUAGCUGGAAAUGCAGUUGCAGAAGGAAAAUAUAUUGUUUUUGGAACAGGCUCUACCCAAUUACUCAAUGCAGCAGUCCAUGCCCUCUCCUUGGAUAACUCAUCUACACCUUCAAAAGUUGUAGUUUCCAUCCCAUUCUACCCGGCUUAUGAAUUGCAGACUGAAUUUUUUGCAACUGAGGACUAUGAAUUCUAUGGCGAUACAUCGUUGUGCAAAAACAGUUCUGAAGACUCUCUGAAUGUGAUUGAGUUUGUAACUUCACCUAACAAUCCUGAUGGAAAAUUGAGGAAAGCGGUUCUUAAUGGUCCAUAUGCCAAGUCAAUCAAUGACCAUGCCUAUAAUUGGCCACAUUUCACUGCAAUUCCAUCUCCAUCAGAUGAAGACCUUAUGAUCUUUACACUUUCCAAGCUCACGGGUCAUGCAGGCGUUCGAUUUGGGUGGGCAUUGAUAAAAGACAAGGAUGUAUAUGAGAGAAUGUCAACAUAUACGGAUGACAAUACUUUUGGAGUCUCCAGGGACAGUCAGUUACGAGCUUUGAAGCUAUUAAAGGUAGUUCUUGAAGGCGAUGGAAGAUCAAUCUUUAAAUACGCUUAUGAAACCAUGAGAAAACGUUGGGAAGGCUUGAGCCAAGCAGUAUCAUUGUCCACACGCUUCACCAUCCAAGAAAUCGCGCCCCGCUUCUGUACUUUCUUUCAACAUGUCAGAGGACCUUCUCCAGCUUAUGCAUGGCUGAAAUGUGAGAGGGAAGAAGAUGAACUAUGUUACCAAGUCCUCCAAGCUGGUGGCAUACUUGGUCGUGAUGGCACUCUAUUCGGUGCUAGCAGUCGAUAUGUUCGCCUCAGCCUCAUCAAGUCUCAAGAUGAUUUUGAUCAGUUGCUACAACAUUUAAACAAAUUAGUUCUCCAGGAAGCUGGCAGUACUAAAGCAGAUAUCUGAAAUUCUUUUGCAUAUCAAGGAGAAAUACAUAUUUAAUGAUGUACAUUUACGCAAGUUUACGAGUCUGCUUAUUGGCUCGGUCUAUUAGUUCAUGUAAAUACAAUAAUAAUACAUUGUUGCUUCCUUUGCAACUUGUAUAAGUGUUUGUGUAGCUGUGUCUGUAAUGUCAACUUGAAGUUGACAUGUAUUUAUACAUCGAUGAUGCAUUUUCCAGAGA